UAUAAUUUCCUGAUGGGUCGCAACAAUUAGGGCAUUCAACCUCAGGUGAUAAUUGAGGACAAAAAAUGGCAUGAACUGAAACUGUUAUCCACAAUAAUUGGCAUAAAAUAAAUCCAAAGUUGAGGGCACAGGCAUAUUCUCAAAAACUAUGAAGCCGAUAUUCCCAAUCUGGCUUAGGCUUUCAAACUUAAAUCCCACACA